GGCUGUUGUUGUCAAAGUGACAAGUAAAUUUAGGUUAUGUUAUUUUAUGAUUGAUAAAAAAAAAUCAAAUUCUUUAUAAUUAUUGUAACUCAAAGUAUUUAUCAUCACUAAUUGUACAAUAUGUUCAUAACUAAUGUACUACUUAAGAAAGCUAAAAGCAAGCAUAUAAUGGUAUUGAUGGAAAGUGUAGUUUCUGGUCAUAAGUUUAAUGCUAUUCGAGAGCGUUUAGCGGAUAAAUUGGAACUAAUUUGCUAUGAUCCUCGUAUUCAACAUGAAAGUAUUUACAAAGAAAAGAAGAAGAUAAGAAGCCUUAAGUAAUAGCCAAUGUAAUUUUUUAUAGAUUAAGUAGAUUAAGUAAUAGGUAAAUAAAACAUGUUCGUCUUGUUGAAAUGAUAUAUUUAACUUU